GUUUAGAUAGAUCGUACGUAAAAGAGAGCCCCCAGGCAAGAAGUUGUGGUAUGCAGUUAUGUCGCAUUUUGUCGUGGCAGUGCAUUGUGGUGCAGGAUACCAUUCAACACAAAAAGAAGAUGCUUAUGUGAAACUCUGUAAAUCUGCAUGCUUAAAGGUGUAUCAUCUGCUGGAGAAAGGGAGGGAUGCUGUAGAGUGUGUGACAGAGGCUGUUAAAUGUUUAGAGAAUUCAGUGCUGACCAAUGCAGGCAUGGGAUCCAAUCUAAACAUCAAUGGCUUUGUGGAAUGUGAUGCCUCUAUUAUGGAGGGAAAGAAGUUGGUAUUUGGAGCAGUUGGGGCCAUUUCUGGUGUAAAGAACCCAGUAGAAGUGUCUGCCACACUGGUAUCCAGACAGUUAGGGGACAAGUUGUCCCUGGGGAGACUGCAUCCCAGUGUUAUUGUAGGUGAAGGAGCUGAAAAGUGGGCUGAAGAAAAUGAGAUAAAAACUUUAGAAACCAGACACUUAAUAACAGAUGAAGCUCAGAAAACUUACCAGAAUCACAAAAGGAAACUGGACAUUGUAAAUGAGAGAGACAGCAACAAGAAAAGGAAGCUAACACAACAGAGAAAUGACAAAACAGAGGAAAGUUUUGAUGUACAGGAGGAAGAAGAGAAAAUACAGGACACCGUGGGGGCUAUCGUCAUGGAUACCAGUGGUAACAUAGCAUCAGCGGUGUCCAGUGGUGGAAUUUCUCUGAAACAACUUGGAAGACUUGGUCCCGCAGCAACAUAUGGUGCUGGAUGUUGGGCCUACAAUCAGAGACCAGGAAAACCAGGGGUGGGAACCAGUACAUCAGGAAGUGGUGAACACAUCAUGAAGACGUUUCUGGCCAGAGAGAGUGCCUUGUCUAUACAAUGUGAAGAUAAUGCUAGUCUGGGACUGUCCAACUGCUUUAAAAAUAACUUCUUAGAGUCAGAGUUUUUGGAAGAAGAGGAGGAUAAGUUAGCUGGGGUGCUGGCUCUCAGACAGAAUGAAGAUAAUAUAGUGGAAUUAUUAUGGGGUCACACUACAGAUAGCAUGUGUGUGGGGUAUAUGUCUUCUUCACUGCAGAAACCAAAGGUUGUCAUGUCUCGGCUCCCUGAUGGUGGGGUGCCUGGAAAAUCUUUCACUAUGUCUGGAGUGUCCAUAUGAAAGGAUACUCUGUCAAUGGAAUGUCCUCACAAACCAUGUAUUGUGAGUCUAUUUAUAGAGACCAGGGAAAUCCCUCACCACCUCUGUAGCGGCUGUCAGGAGAUAUACCAUAGAUGGGAAAUCCCUCAUCAUAGCUGGUUGUCGAUAUAAGAUGAUAUGCUGAGACUGAAUGAGGAAAUUCCUCACAAUAUUUGCAGUGUCUAUUUGAAAGACAUGAAGGAAAAUCAGGGAAACAUAUUCCAUCUCUGAUGUGUUCAUUUUAAGGGUGCAAACUAAAUAAUACAUCAUAUAUUGUUUUCCUGAAUUAGACUUCUAGACUCUGGUUUUGAGAAUUUUUGAAAGACUUAACCUCAAGAAUAAUCAGAUCUACCUUCUCAGAACUGGAUGAUGGUUACUACCCAAAGAAAACACUUCCAAACAAUGAGAAUCAUAAACAUAUCCCUGGAACAGUAAUUAAUCUUAAUGAAUGAUGUUUAGAGUAGU